AUGGAUUCAAAUAGAAAAAGAAAAUCACCAACUUCAAUAACAACCAUUGAUAAAAUAACCAAAAAAAAAAAUAAUAUUAAUAAUAAUAAUAAUAAUUAUAAUAAUAUUUUACCAUCAAUUGGUUAUUUGGAAAUGCCACUUGAAAAUGAUAAAUUGGUUGAAUUACCACCAUUACACACACCUCCAGAUGAAAAUUUAAAAUUUCAAGAAUAUAAACAACCACAAGAGCCACAAGAACCCCAACCACAAGAAUUACAACCACAAGAACCCCAACAACAAGAAUUAAAACCAGAAGAAUUAAAACCACAAGAAUUAAAACCAGAAGAAUUAAAACCAGAAGAAUUAAAACCAGAAGAAUUAAAACCAGAAGAAUUAAAACCAGAACCACCCCAACAACCAAAAAGUAUUGAAGAUUUAGCAAAUACUAAUAACUUUUUAUUUAAAAUAACACAAUUAAUUAAAAUAUUCAAAAAUUCCGAUAAAAAAAAUCCAUUAUAUCUUAAAUCUUGGCUUUACGAGAGAAAUCCAAAUUAUUCAAACAUCAAUCACUUUUAUCCAAUCAUUAAUGAUAGUCAACAAAUUGAUUAUUCAUCAUACACACAUAACUCUUCGAAAAUUUUAAACGAAUUAAAAAAACUUUAUAUAAUAGUUGAUGAAAAUAGUGUAUUUGAUUCAACAACUAUAUCCACAAAUAAUAAUGAUAAUAAUGAUAAUGAUGAUAAUAAUGGUGAUAUUAAUGUUAAUAAUGAUAAUAAUGAUAAUAAUAAUAAUAAUAAUAAUAAUAAUAAUAAUAAUAAUAAUAAUAAUAAUAAUAAUAAUAAUAAUAAUAAUAAUAAUAAUAAUAAUAAUAAUAAUAAUACAUUAAUAAGAGCAUCAACAUUUAGAAAAUCGGUUGAUCCAACAAAUGUUGAACAAAAAAGAAAGAAAAUUUCACAAAUCAAAAGAAUGUUAAAAUUAAAACUUUUAAAUUAUAUUCGAUCAAAAUUAUCAAAAAAACAAAACAAUAAUAAUAAUGAUGAUGGUAAUAAUAAUAAUAAUAAUAAUAAUAAUAAUUUUAAUAAUGUAAAUGAUAAUAGUAUAACUCCAUUACCAAUUGCAAAAGCAUUAAAUGAAAAUGAAAUUGAAGAAAUUGAUUCCGAAGAAACUGAAUCAGAAGAAUUAAUGAAUCUCUCAAAUAUUAAUGAAGAUGAUAUUAUAGUUGAAUUUACAAAGGACCCAUUGAAAUUAGUUAUGAGUUUAAAUUAUCAUUUUGAAGUCAGUAGUAUUCCUCAACAUUUAAUUGACCAUUACUCAAAUUUAAUUAACAAACAAUAUGAAUAUCAAGAUAGAAAAACCUACAACACCAGUAAAAGUCCUUGUGCUUCUCAUUGCAGAACUGAUGUGAUUGACUUCUUGGUGGACUUGACCUCAACCAUAAGAAUGAAUAAGAGAACUUUGCAAAUGACAAUUUCAAUCUACGAUGAUUUCAUGGACUAUAUCGUUGGCGAUGUUAAACCAGAGAAAUUUGAAGAGGUUGAUGUCAUGCAAUUGGUGGCUGUCUCUAGUCUAAGUAUCGCUUCUAAACUUGAAGAAUUGGAAGAAUAUCAACCAUCAAUUAGGGAAUUAAACUAUUCAACUAAUAAUUCCUAUACCCAUGAUGGAAUCGUUAAAACGGAAAUGGGAAUCUUAUCAAUUUUAAAAUAUAAAGUAAUGUAUCCAACUCCAUCUCAUUUCUUGGAUUAUCUACUUUUAAUUACAAUUCAACCAUACGAUUUUUUUGAUGCUACCAAAGACUCCCAAAUUACAUUUGCAAAUCAAUUUAAAUUAAUUAAUGACCAAAUUUUAAAUAUUUCUUAUAAAAAUUUGAAAUAUAGACAAUAUUUACCUUCAAUUAUAGCAUGUGCAUCAAUUGCUUCAACUAGAACUAUAAUGGGUAUUGAACCAGCAUGGAAACCAUCUUUAAGAAAAAUUUCAAAUAUCCCAAUGCGAGAAAUCUAUCCUUUAUACAUUAUUUUUAUAAAAGAAUAUAACACCUUAUAUAAAAAAUCAAUUAUUCCCGAAUUUAUUUCUAAAAAAUUUAAAAAUUAUCAAUUUCUCCAAAUUUAA